CUAUAAUCUAUUACUGUUGGAGGUGGAGGUUGUUUGUGGUCAGGAAGUGUAAAUGUGCCUCAGUGCUGCUUGAGCAAAAGUCAUUGCAGAGCACAUCCGCUCUGUGUGUCUUUAAAAAAGUACAGAAGGCUUCACUGAAGGACACGGCUGAGGCUCUUGGAGUUUGUUGGUUGAAGAUUUUGGUAGGUGUGGGAGGAAACUGUGUUUCUGAGCGACAGUCUCAAAAUGGAUGCCCUGCUCAUCACAGAGGACAAAGACUGACAUGAGCUCUUCCUAAACUGUUCAUGAUGACCAUCUGAAUGAGAAGACUAUGGAGGAUAUUGAAGACUAUCAGGAAUCUGAACCUUACCUGGAGGCCAUGCAGUACAUAGAGAGGAUGAAACAGGAGAAUGAAAGUAGCCUUGAGAACGAGACCAUCCCGAGGAAGAGCUGCGUGGGUCUGGACGUCCCAGAUCACGGUGUGUCUUUGUACACCAUCACUGUUCCCUGUGCUCCUCUCUCUUACGCUACUGUGCAAUGGGACGCCCCAGAAACGCCCACAGAGCCUCCCGGAUCAUCUGAGACUGAACUAGACUCCAUUGUCGAGCCAAGGAUCGACUGGACAUUGGAUCUACCGUCUGCAGACCUCCAUUAUAUCACAAAUCAGGACGCCAUCGUUGAUUUCUUACCUGAAGUCGAGUCACAACUAGACGUUAAACUUGUGUCUUCCCAGACAUGUGAUGCUCAGAAGUCAGAUAUACAAACACAACUGGCACUUUUACAUGAAGAACCCCCCAUGUCAUUUGCAGAUGUCAAUGAUUCCAGAGAAGAUGUGACUGAAGAGCAUCCUGAACCUUCUGAUGAUAUUCAGAUCUUUAUGGACGCACGAGACUCAGAGAUUCGACUGGGUCAAAACAGCUCACAGUCACAUGAAGAGAAGGAACCUGACACGUUAGUCCUUCCCCAAAUGACUUUUGCCCAUGAGGAAACCACAGAUUCAGGCAGUGAAAAGCAAACAAGAGAGUGGACUGAGACCGAAGCAAACGGAGAAUCAUCAGACGCAAGAACCGAUAUUCAGGAUCAGAUUCAAGGACCUGAUCAAUGUCCGGAAAAGGAAGAGUCAAUUCCUCCAGAGGUCCAGUCUGAUCAAUCACAGGAUGCCAUCAUUACAGGCCCAACAGAACCACCAGAGCAGCUGUCAGACCUUAUGGACAAUUCAGUGGAACUCGAGGAAGUAAUACUGACACAAGAGCCAGAAAAGAUAAGCACAACUGUUACAGUGACAGAGAUUAACCAGAAUAAUGGCACUUUACAACAUGCAGAAGAGAUUCAGGACCACUCAGAGCAAUUCAACGCACAAAACCAAGAAUAUGUAGAAAAACCUGUAGGUUCAGAACAAAAGUCUGAACCUGAAAAUGGGCUGUCAGAGCAAGCAGAGUCUGAGCCGAGUGAGCAGCCCGAGCAGUUUGGAUGUCCAGAUGAGAACGAAUCCUCAGAGCAGAUCCAGUGUUCAGAUGAGGAGAAACCCAGCGAGCAGACGCCACAAUCAGAGAUGAAGCCAUCAGAGAGUUCAGACGCAUCCAGUGACAUGAACCAACCUACAGCGCUGACAGACGUGGCACAACAUGUACAGGAUAUGACAUCAGAGCGCCGUAUGCAGGAUGAGCUGCCUGUUCUAGACACGAAAACUGCUGGUCCCUGCAUCAACGAUAGCGUUGAGGUCAUGGACAGGGCCGAGGCUCAGUGGUUGGCUGAGAAGCUCUACAGAUUGGACGGUUUUCAGCGUACAGAUGUGGUCAGACAUCUGGACAAAGACAACGAGUUCAGUCAUGCUGUUGGGGAAGAGUACCUCAAAUUCUUUGACUUCACCAACCAUAGUCUGGAGCAAGCGCUCCGGUCAUUUCUGAAGGAGGUGGUUUUGAUCGGUGAAACUCAGGAGCGCGAGAGAGUCCUGCAGCACUUCUCCUCUCGUUUCCAGCAGUGUAAUCCUGACACAUCCUCCUCAGCGGGAUCUGUGCUCACGCUCACGUGUGCCGUAAUGCUGCUUAACACAGACCUGCAUGGACAAAAUGUUGGGAAGCCCAUGUCUUCAGCUGAAUUUGUGUCAAAUCUGGAUGGCAUGAAUGGAGGCGAGAAUUUCAGCAAGGACUAUCUGAAGAGUCUCUACAGCUCCAUCAAGAGUGAUCCACUGCAGUGGGCCAUAGAGGAGGAGUUUCUGGCUAAAUCCAUGAUGCUCGAGCAGGAUUUGGACCAGGAUGGACUUCUGCGCUCAAAGAGUAACCCGUUCCAGGAUCUCCCUCACGACACCAAGGCCACCGUGUUCCAGAAAGGCUUUUUAAAGCGCAAAGCGCACGCAGACAUUGAUGGCAAACGCACUCCAUGGGGGAAACGAAGCUGGAAGACAUUUUAUGCCAUGCUGAAGGGAAUGGUGCUUUACCUGCAGAAGGAUGAUUACGUGAAGGACUGCCAGAGCUCAGAGGAAGUGGUCAGCGUUCAUCACGCUCUGGCGGAGCGAGCUCUGAAUUACACCAAACGCCCUCACGUGUUUCGCCUGCAGACGGCCGAUUGGAGAGUUUUCCUCUUCGAGGCUGCUUCCACAGAGCAGAUGAACUCCUGGAUCGGCCGGAUCAACCUGGUGUCUGCACUGUACUCCUCACCUCCGUUUCCCGCUGCUGUUGGCUCUCAGAAAAAGUUCUGUCGGCCCAUCCUGCCUGCGACACAGUCCAACCUCAUGCUGGACAAACAGCUGCAGUCGCAUGCGGCCAUGUUGCACAGCUUCCAGCAGGACCUGACGUCCCUCCAGCAGGAGGCGCCAGACAGCAAAAAGAGCAAAGCCAGAGAGCUGGAGGAGCUCAGGCAGAGAGAGGAGUACUUACAGUAUGAGAAGUCUCGUUAUGAAGUCUAUCUUAAAGUUCUGGAGGCCUGGCAGGCGCUGGAGAAGUCUGAUUCAUCGGUCGGAGACAAACUGAAUGUGUUUGAUGAGGGAUUGUGGAGAGGAGUGAUGGAUGAGCAGCAGGAUGAGGCCGAUGCUGGGAUGAAGCGAUCUCACUCCAGUCCGUCUCUAGAGUUAGAAACACCUCCUCAGCCUGUCGUCACUGUCAGACGCAACAUCUCAGAGAGACGGACCUAUCGAAAGAUCGUAAUUCCCCGCCGUAACAAAGAGCUUUGAAAAAAUCAGGACUACAGUGUCUGAACUCUUACACACAAACUGUCGAGAUAUGCUUGAAGCACUUGAAUCCUUUAAGAUUUUACGUCAUUUAAUAUAUUUUUUAAGUCUGUCCCAUCCAAAGUAAAAAUAGCAACAACUGUAGUCUUUUUAAUUCCGAUUUUUUUGCACAAUACUCUUAUUAAUUGACCCUGUUCAUACCGUCCACAAGAGGGAGAUGUUGCUCAAGAUGUUUAAAUGAAGGACAAGAUCCAAGUCAUUAGUUCUUACCUCACAUCUUAAUAAGAGUUCCUGCAUUUAAUGUGUUGUCAGCAGAACCAUAGUAAAGCACAUUUUCCUCUGAAUGCGCCGUUGCUGAAUGGCUUUUGUGUAUCAAGUCUUUGUGAAUAUCUCAUAUCCUUUCCUUUAAGCAACAGCUGUCAUUAAGCUCAGAUGCUGAGGAUGUGUGUGAUGGAUUGUGCCUUUAGGCUCUGGAUGCUCAGGAUGUGUCACUUGAUAAAGAUCUGAAAAGCCAAUAUCAGAUAAUGCCGCCUGUUGACACGUAAACAGAUUGUGAGGAAAAACAAUCAAACUGUCAGUGAGUUAGAAAAUGACUGAACGCCAUGUUAUACCACGUUAUAAAGCACCAGUGUAAGUACAAAUGUGCCUCUAAAUAUGCUGAUUAAUUUUUAUACUUGAGCGAUUUGAAAUCCUGCAGCUGCUGGAUAGAAUUAUGUUUAAGAAACCUACAUGAACACACAUUCCUCAUAGAGUGUUGCAAAACAGAAUUUAAGAAUGUCUGUUAUUUUGAAUCCACUGCUACAGUCGAGCUGUUUUCACCGUUACACCUUU